AUGGUCGCCGUGUCCCCUGGCUCUUUCCUGUGUCCCGGUCCCCGUGGCCGCCGUGUCCAUUGGUUCUCGCCGUUCGGAGUUUUUGACGUGAACCCCUGGAGGAGUUGCUGCUCACAGCACUUUUUGCGAGUCGAUCAAGAUAAAGACAAGGACUGCAGCCUGGACUGCGGGGGCUCCCCCCAGAAGCCGGUCUGUGCGUCGGACGGGAGGACCUUCCUGUCCCGUUGCGAGUUCCAGCGCGCCAAGUGCAAGGACCCGCAGCUGGAGAUCGCGUACCGGGGCAACUGCAAAGACGUGUCCCGGUGUGUGGCCGAGCGGAAGUACACGCAGGAGCAGGCGAGGAAGGAGUUCCAGCAGGUGUUCAUCCCAGAGUGCAGCGAGGACGGCACCUACAGCCAGGUGCAGUGCCACAGCUACACGGGAUACUGCUGGUGCGUCACGCCCAACGGGAGGCCCAUCAGCGGCACCGCCGUGGCCCACAAGACGCCCCGGUGCCCGGGUUCCAUAAACGAAAAGUUACCUCAGCGGGAAGGCACGGGGAAAGCAGAUGAACUAAAAAUGACGGUCCCUUCGUUUGCUUUGUUAGAUAUCGCCUCGCGUUACCCGACGCUGUGGACGGAGCAAGUCAAAAGCCGACAGAACAAAACCAACAAGCACUCAGUUCCCACUCGGAAGGAUGGCUCAGGGCCGGGUGAGCAGCGGCCUUUCCCAGGCCCAGACACGGGCCCUAGCCUCCUCAGCCCCUCCCCCGAACCCGGACUCCCUCACCCUAACUGGCCAGCACGGGUCCUGCCCUGGGACCAGCGCGAAAGGGAAGAAACCCCCGUCAGAGCCCUGACCCCACUGACCUCCCUUCCCCCCCGUAGGUACGAGCAGCCGAAAUGCGACAACACGGCCAGGGCGCACCCCACCAAAGCGCGGGACCUCUACAAGGGCCGCCAGCUGCAGGGUUGUCCUGGUGCCAAAAAGAAUGAGUUUCUAACGAGCGUUCUGGACGCACUGUCCACCGACAUGGUCCACGCCGUCUCCGACCCGUCCUCCCCCAGCAGGCUCUCCGAGCCCGACCCCAGCCACACGCUGGAGGAGCGAGUGGUCCACUGGUACUUCAAGCUGCUGGACAAGAACUCCAGCGGGGACGUCGGCAAGAAGGAGCUGAAGCCCUUCAAGAGGUUCCUUCGGAAGAAGUCCAAGCCCAAGAAGUGCGUGAAGAAGUUCGUGGAGUACUGCGACGGGAACAACGACAAGGCCCUCUCGCUGCUCGAGCUGAUGGGCUGCCUGGGCGUGACCAAGGAGGAGCGCAAGGCCGGCAGCAGGAAGCGGAACAGCCCCCAAAGGUACUGCGGAGAGCACUUCUCAUAGACAGCCCAGGAACCGAGGAUAAGAGACGGCGGCCGAGGCGCCUGAGACGUGUGGGAGGCUCCCUCACCAAACGCAAUUAAAAAACAGAAACAAAACCCAUAGUAUUUGCACUUUGUACUUUAAAUGUAAAUCCACUUUGUAGAAAGGAGAUAUUUAAACGGACUACUUUAAUCUGUGAAAAGGGAGGGGCUGGCUUCGGCAGGUUAAUCACAUACAAUGUAUGUGUCCCUGUGACCGUGGACAUCUCCGCUGUUCGGGGUGGGCUUCCACUUGCUCUCUGGGUCCCCUGGGUGUCCGCGUGGCGGACAGCGGCUCGGGCACAGCGGCUGCAGCCGUGGCUCCUCCCUGGCACAGGAUGGGGCCCACAGGCACUCAGCUUCCUCCGGCCGCUGCUCUGAGACCAACCGUGCUGGCAGCCUCGGGUCGCUGUGGGAGCUCACACUUUGGUCUGUAAGGUUUGCCGUCAGCCGCCGGCCUGGCAUGCAGGUGGCGCGUGCCGGGCUGCGUGUCUCUGGGACCUGGUCCCUUUGUUCUGCUUUCUCGAGGUCUCGCUCCCGUCACGUUGGCAACCACAACAGCGGCGAUGAUGGGGUCUGGGGGACAGUCCCCGACACCUUCGUGGGCCUGCUCUGCCACCUCAAGGUUGGCCGCAGGCAGUGAAAUCAACGCUGGGGGACUCCCUCCUCCCUGCGCUGGCCCCAGGUAGCGGGCAGGAUUCAAGGUCAGAGAGGAGUUGGCAUCAGGCCACAACUGCCAUCUGCCCACCUCUUCCCUUCCACCUGGCCUUGCCCUCCCGGGGCCCCUGGAAGGUGGACUGUGCCCUGAGCAGCUCCCAACAGUCUCCUUAAAGGAGGCGCUGGGAUAGCUGGGCGCUGGGUGGCGCGCCCUCGGCAGGCAGGGCCUGGGCCCGAUUCCGUCUCCUCCUCAUUCUUUCCUGAAGGCCCUGAGGGCACAAGAACUUGUCACUGGGCCAGUCCUCUGGGGGGCACUGGGGAGGGACUGAUCAGGACCGGAUGCUCACACCGAGAGCCACAGAACCGGCCCCUGUACAGCCAGGGGCCACUGUCCAGCUGGACCCCGUACUGAGCGGCCACGGCUCUGCGGCCCCUGGGAGGCCGGCGGGGGCUGCGUGUGACCAGCCGUGAGGCUGGCUCGGCUCCGACGUGUGGUCGGAAAAACACCUCCGUGGGCCUCACUCCCCAGCACGUGGCGGACACCGACCCCUGCGAAUAGGCGUGAAGACGGCGGCUUCUCCCUGUUUAAUGUGCAGAGUGAAAGCUGAACCUGGAGCCGCUAAACCCUCACCGUUGCUAAGGACACAAUUACGCUCCUAAACUUAUUGGAUAAUCUUUUCUAUUUCUGAACUUUGGACUUAAUCGUUUUUCUUAGAUUGAAAUAAAAGAUGCUGUCAAGACCGUC